UUCGUUUAAUAAAAUGAAACUUGUAGUGAAAAAUAAGCGGCGCUAAUGAGAGAGGAGGGGAUGUUGAGAUAUUGGUUGGCCAAAAACGCAUUUUAGUUGAUGUGCGGGCUUUGUGGGGUGAUAAAGUAGUUGCGAAAAUUAAAACUUAUUACGCGAAUUAAGUGAUAGAUACAUAUUAUAUUUGUGCUAAGUGUUAGGUGAUGGUAGUGAUUUUGGUGACAUUAGUGAUGUUGAGACCAUGGGAUUGCUAUUUUGUGGAUGCUAAAAGCUGAGCUACGAAGUGAAAACCAAGGAAAACAACAUCCACUCGGUGGUUCGUGCCUGCACCUGGUGGAGUUGAGGAUUCCAAGCCACGCCGUUCGCGACCAAAGCGCAAGGUUGGAAUGCCACUUCGACCUCGACGGCGAAACUUUGUAUUCUGUCAAAUGGUACAAGGAUGGCAACGAAUUUUAUAGAUACGUACCAAGAGAUAGUCCACCAGUGCAGAUAUUUAAACUUCCAGGUGUAACGGUUGAUCUUCAUAACUCGUCGGAGAGUCAAGUCGUGUUAUCUUCGGUUCAGUUGUCAACUACGGGCCUGUACCGAUGCGAGGUGUCGGGCGAGGCGCCUUACUUCCAAACAGUCACCGAACAUGGCCAAAUGAUGGUGGUGG